GGGGAAGUGAGCGAAGCCCUGCUGUGUUAUGAGAAGGCUCUAAGGCUGGCUGCUGACCUCAACUCCAUGUUCUGAAAUGGAGAUCACCGUUAUCCAAGUAAGUGCUCAGUUUAUGUGGAAUCCACAACGCACACGGGCCAGGUCUCAGAGGGCACAGUCCGGCUCAGGAAACCUGCAGACUUCUGCCUCCUUCUCAGCAACCAUGAGUGAGUGUGCUGAGGAGCAUCCGCUGAAGGACAGGCUGCAGAAGCUGAGAUGUCACUUCACAUGGGGGCUGCUCAUCGAAGACACUGGGUUGCCUGACCUAGAAGACAGAAUCCUGGAAGAGAUUCAAUUUCUAGACACUGAACACAAGGUAGGAAUAUACAACCUGCUGGCCUAUGUGAAACACCUGCAAGGCAAGCAUGAGGAUGCCCUGGAGAACCUGAAAGAAGCAGAAGAGGUGGUUCAGGGAGACCAGGCUGACCACUCAGAUGUGAGGAGUCUGGUGACCUGGGGCAACUACGCCUGGGUGUACUACCACAUGGGCAGGCUGGCAGAUGCACAGACAUACCUGGACAAGGUGGAGAACACGUGCCAGAAGUCUGCAGACCCCUCCCGCUAUAGAAUGGAGUGCCCUGAGAUGGACUGUGAGGAAGGCUGGGCUUUGCUGAAGUGUGGAGGAAAGAACUAUGAGCGGGCCAAGGCCUGCUUUGAGAAGGCUCUGGAAGCAGACCCUGAGAACCCCGAAUUCAACACAGGGUAUGCAAUCACUGUCUAUCGCCUGGAUUACCCUGCCAAAAGACCAUGCGAUGUCAGUGAUGCAUUUUCUCUGCAGCCCCUAAGGAAGGCCAUCAGGCUCAAUCCACAAGAUGCAUACCUUAAAGCUCUGCUUGCUCUGAAGCUGCAGGAUGUAGGACAAGAUGCCGAAGGAAGAGAGUGCUUGGAGGAAGCUCUGGCUCACACAUCCUCCCAGACCUAUGUCUUUCGAUACGCAGCCAAGUUUUUCCGCAGACAAGGCCAUCUGGAUGAAGCUCUGGAGUACCUAAAAAUGGCCUUGGAGGCAACACCCAGGUCUGCCUUUCUUCACCAGCAGAUAGGCCUCUGCUACAAGAAAAAAAGAAACCAAAUAAAGAAAACUACCCACAUGCAGCCUAGAGGACGGGACAGGGAGAAUGUGGACAGAUUGAUUCCAUUAGCCAUAUUUCACUUUGAAUAUGCUGUCAAACAAAAGCCCACGUUUGACGUGGCUUAUGUGGACCUGGCACGCAUGUAUAUAACCGCAGGCGAUCAUGAAAAAGCUGAAGACACUUUCCAAAAAGUGCUGUGCAUGACACCACUCCAGGAACACAUACAGCAAAAUAUACAUUUCUACUAUGGUCAGUUUCUAGAAUUUCAAAAAAAAUCUGAAGUUGAUGCCAUUACCCAUUAUUUAAAGGCAGUUACAAUAAGAAAGGACUCAUAUGCCAGGGAUAAAAGUAUCAAAGCCUUGGAGCAACUGGUUUCAUGGAAACUAGAGAGAAACCCAUUGGACCAGGAGGCCUUGAGCCUCCGGGAGGUGCUCCACAGGUUGGUAGGAGGAAGGGAUGAAGCCCUAGAGUGCUCUGAGCAGGACCUCAGACUAGCUGCUGACGGUGGGAACUGGGUGGGGAGUAGCCUCUAGGUGCUCAAGUAUCGACCACGUUCAUAUUGCAUUUGAUUUAGGUUAACAGGUAGUAAAUGUCUCUCCUACUUGCUGGCUUUAGAAACAUAUUACAUGAUUCAUGAUAAUGAUGCAAUUUUUAAAACGGAUAAAAUUAACUGCAAAGAAAGAUAGGAUAAAUAGCUGCAAGCAUGGCCUACUGCCUUGUGUCGCUUCCCGUCUUCGUGGAGGAACGACACAGGACCCUGUGCUGUUCUUUUGUCUGCUCGGCCCUCCCCAGGUUUGCUGCUGGUUCUUCCCGAGUUGGCUACCGACCCUUCCACCUCCGUAGAAGGGCGGUUCCCCCUGCCACUUUCCCCACUUCCGCGGGGGAGCGGCACGCCGGCCGGCUCUCGGGGGCUGCUCAGGUGUUCCUUCAGAUAGAUGUUCCCCUUAGAUGUUCCUGGUGCAUGUUGUCUCUCUCCUCCUUUAUAGUCCUCUUCCACCAAUCCCAACUCGGCUGCCCACACGCUGAGUAUGCUGCUCUCCUCCAAUCAGGAGCAGGUCCUGCUGUUUAUUGGUUGAACUGGAGGCAGCUGUGUAGAAGCUGUUUCCUCCUCUCCCAGCGCCAUAUUGUGGGAGAGCAGAUGCAUAGAAUAAGUCUUAAUUCCAGUAACAGUCUAGUCCGAGUUGCUCCCCACAGCCUUGAUUGUCAGGAUACCCACAUCCAACCUUGAAGUUCCCUGGGGUUUGACUCUCAUUCCAGCUUCUGCUCCAGCUCCCUGCAAUGUGGUCUCUGGGAGGCAGCAGUGGUGGUUCAAGAAGUUGGGUUCCUGUCAUCCAUUUGGGAGACCUGGAUUGUGCCUCCAGAACCCAGCUUGGGCCCUCAGCAUUGUAUGGGCAACUGAGGAGUGAAACAGCAGGGGGAGCACCUGCCUCUGUUCCUUCAUCCCCCUUGACCUCUGCCUCUGGAAGAAAGAAGAAACUUGUGAAACAGCUCAUGUGCAUGUGUGUGUGUGUGUGUGUGUGUGUGUGUCUGUGUGUGUGUGGGUAUAAUGAGAAAACAUCUGUGUCUAUGACAUAAGGUAGAAAAACAGUUUGUCAACUAGCCUUAUCACAAAUAAACUGUGGUUGUAUUCACACGGAAA